GAAUCAAAGGUUAGUGUACUUACACAAAUGUUUGGAAAAGUGUGAGGGAUCUGCCAGACAGCACAAUCUCAUUUACUCUCCUGGAAUUCUUGUGAUCCACUGCCAUCAUGAACCUAAAGCUCCUCUUCCUUUGCCUGUUCCUAGCAGCGCUCCUCAUACCUGCUGAAAUGAAACAUAAAAAGCACAAGAAACAUCAUCAUCAUGAUAAUGGACGUGGGCAUCAUAAACACAACAAAACGAGAGGAAGAUUUAAAAAUAUAAUUGAGGACAUCUUCUUUGAAAUUUUUGAUGGAGCUGGUGAUGAUGAUGAAGACGAUGAAAGUUCAGACUGGCUUUUGGAACUUCAAGAGCCAGAAGGCCAAUGCAACCCAAACCCUUGCCUCAACAAUGGAGAGUGUGAGCUGAAAAACAAGGGAAAAUUCAAAUGUGAUUGUCCCAAACCGUUCAAGGGAAGGAAAUGCGAAAAAGGUCCAAAACGUUGUAGGAGAGGUAGAUGUGGGCGUGGUGAAUGUGUGCUGACUUCAACUCCCCCAUUCUAUGAGUGCAAAUGCAAGGCGCCCUUCCAGCCUCCACACUGCAGAACUUUGUCACUGUGUGAGCCUAAUCCAUGUAGGAAUGGUGGAACAUGCAUCAGGGAUGCUAAUGACUUUGACUGCCAGUGCCCUCCAGGGUACAGAGGACGUUUCUGCCAUGUUGGACCAAAUGACUGCUAUGUGGAUGAUGGAGAGUCAUAUCGUGGCAAUGUGAGUGAGACAGAUGAUGGCGAUGAAUGCCUUUACUGGAACUCUCACUUCAUCCUGGAGAAAGGAGCUGAUCCUUUCAGCUCCUUCGAGGACAAAGAUGGACUUGGCCCUCACAACUUCUGCAGAAACCCAGAUGGAGAGCUGAUGCCCUGGUGUUUCUUCAGAAGAGGCAGAAAGUUGUUUUGGGACUACUGUGAUGUGACAGAAUGUCCUGAACCAACAGGUGUGACGCCAACUGAAAUUGUGCCGCCAGACCCCAAACCCACUGCUCCCAAGCCCCAACCUACACCACCUGUACCUACAGGAGUCGUCAAGCCAACCGAUUCACAACCCCAAAUGACAACCGCCCCAACAAUGACAGAGGAUCUAGAACCUUCUUCUGCAUCAGCUAGUGUAUCUCCCAUCCCCAGUGGCACUUCCCCACCACGACAGUUCUCAACCUGUGGAAAGCCUCAGCCAAAAAAAUCCAUUACCAGAAUCUUUGGGGGUCUAAAAGUCGCUCCUGGUGCUAUACCCUGGCAGGUGUCUGUGCAAGUGCGACGAAAGAACUCUAAACAAGCAUUCAGACACGUGUGCGGAGGAGUUCUCAUCGAGAGCUGCUGGGUACUGACAGCUGGACACUGCAUUGACCAAAACCAGGACAUGCAGGUGUCUAUGGGAAGUCUGUCACUGUCUUCGGAGGAUCUCACAGAGCAAACCGUAAGAGUGGAGGAGGCUAUUGUACAUGAGAACUACAGGGAGACUAAAGAGGCUGUUUACAAUGACAUAGCCUUGUUGAGGCUGAGCGGUACCGAUGGAGUUUGUGCCAAUGAGACCCAAUUUGUGAAGACAGCCUGUCUGCCAGAUGCCCAACUGCCUGAUGGGAAGGAGUGUACCAUUUCUGGAUGGGGUGCCACUGAGGAAUCUGAGUAUGGUACCAACCACCUGCUGGAGGCCAAUGUACUGCUAAUCAACCAGGAAAAGUGCUCUGAGCCCAUUGUGUAUGGUAGUGUCCUGGAUAAUACUAUGUUCUGUGCUGGCUACCUGCAGGGAGGCGUGGAUUCCUGCCAGGGUGACUCUGGAGGACCACUGACUUGUAAGCAGAACAGUACUGAUAUUAUUUAUGGUCUGGUGAGUUGGGGAGACCAAUGUGGAAGAAAGAACAAGCCUGGCGUCUACACACGGGUUGUUCACUUUGUGGACUGGAUCAAGUCAAAGACUGGAGCAGCAUCUCCAUAAAUAAGCUCUAUUAACUCAGCAACAUGCCAGCGUGUAGCGGAGGACUUGGUUGUGUAUGGAACAACUACUUACUCAUCAUGAUUUAGCUUUUGGAUCAUUUGCAGUUGACCUGUUAUUUUGCUUUUCAGGUCUUAAAUUUUAAAAUCCAGUGCUACUACAACCCAAAAGCAAAUAAAGCAUUUCGUCAAA